GAACUUUCUUUGUUUCAUUUCACUUUCUCGAACUUUCAAUUUAUUCAUACAGUACUUUUAUCAGAAUAUUUUCUUCCUUUUCGUCUGAAAAAAUAUCGUUAUUGUCGUAUUUCAGACUUUUUUUCACUUCAAAAUGGCCGGCGAAUUGGAUUGGCAGAACGGUGUUGUUACCGACAUUAUGCGCGGUCCCAAUCAGGGGAACCUGAACAAUCUGGCCGUCAUAGUGGAUCGCAGCGCGGAGUUAUAUCGGGAUAUCCCAAUCACCUUGCAAAACCUGGAGGUCGCUCCUGCUUUGGAUAUCCAUUUUUUGCGCAUUAUGGAGGCACUGGCAGUCGCGUGCCACGGGGAUAUCCCGACAAUUGGCAAGGAACUGCACUCUGCUAUCGUGCUGGAACGCUGGGAUUACCACGACAUCGUCAGCCUCGGAGAGUUUCUCAAGCGCUGGCGAGUGAAGGAGGAAGUCAUUAAAAGCAUCAUGCUGCCAGGUGGAUUGCGCUGGCGCACAGGAAACGACCAUUUCCGCGUGGUCUUCGUCGACGCAUUUUUGUGCCCGUUUGCAGUUGGCGCGGACCGUGACGCGGAGUUGUUUAUGCGAUUGGCUCUUCACUGCGGAAUCCCAAAGUUGGCGAAUGUCGUCAAUACGGAACAUUUGAUUGCUGAUGGAGCGUAUAGUUUUCAACGCGCUCGCGACUGCACCCGCAGCUGUGAACAUCAUAUUUGAAGUGGCUGCGAUAUCCCUCUAUCGCUUACAAACACUAAAAGAUAUGAACAUAGCACAUGCUUUGGUACAAUACCCUGAACAGCAACAUUCGCACAAAUCUCCAUCGUCGUACAUUGUGCAGCGACUGGAUGCGAUGGGACUGAAGUUUCCUACCAAUGUUGUUUUUCGUGUUCAGCAAGUUCUUCCCUACGUCUACGCGUCUUUGCGCUCCAGGGUCAUUAUUUCAGCACUGCAGGCAUCAGCCGUGAAUCACAAUACAACUGCCAAGCGUCUCCUCUCUACAGGACAUAUGUUAAUUUAUACCGAUGGAUCAAAACAUGGCGAUAAUUGGAGCUGCAGUUGUUGUUUUUACUAGCCAAGCAGUGUACCGGAAAGAAUACCGACAACCGGCUCAUGCAACUGUUGCGCAAGCGGAACUGUAUGCAGUCCAUCAAGCUUUGCUGUACAUGGGGCAGUCGGAAGUGCGUCGUGCUUUUCUAUAUUCUGACUCGAAAGCCGUAUUGGAUGGUAUUAGUGCCACUAUUUAUGGUUCGCCUAACAAAGACAUCAAAGAAGUACAAGACUGUCUGCUGUGGUUACUUUC